UGCUUUUAAGGAUGAGAGAGAUAGAAAGGAGGGAGGUUGAAGAAGAGAGAAGCAAUGGGGAGAGGGAGAGAGAGAGAGAGAGAGAGGAAGGAGGUUUAAGAGAGGUUUAGGUCUACCUACUGGUAGUUAGAGAUUGAACACAUUAACUGCAACAACACCAACAGUCCAACACCAACAACGGCAAGAACAACAACAACCGGAGAAGAGAAAGAUAAGAGGGAAAGAGAACAAAAAGAAAGUUUUUGAUUUACGGGUGCUCUACUGCUCUAUGAGUCUAUGAUAUGUGGGAGCAUUUUUAGGGGGGGGUUCUGUUUUCGUGGGGAGAGGGGCUUGACUGGCUCACGUGGAAAAGAUGGAAUGAUGGACAGAGAAUAUAUGAAUAAAAAAAAGAGAAAUUAAAGCAAGAGAACAUCAACAUAAUUGGUGUGUCUGUUCUUUUAAAAUUCUUUGUGUUUCAAAUAUUUUUCUUUUGAUUGUUGUAUCUGUUCGAUGAAAAGGGGUUAUUGUUUUGAAUCUCGGGAUUGGGUUGUCUCCGGUUUGGGAGGAUUGUUUCAGCGCACCGGUUGUUAUUUUGAGUUUUCCUGCUCCCCACGAGAGAUACAACGCUUUCGGGUUUUCAGGACGUGGAGCAACAACAAAGUCCUUAUCACAGCACGCUGGUAAAUGAUCUAUCCUUCAUCUUUGGCUCCCCGACUCGGAAGUUUCCGACGUUGAGGAAGUAGAACGAUGGCUACUUAUUUCCCCAGUUCGAGCAAUCAAAGAGAAGUCAUGCCGAGCCUUUAUUUAAGGGACCCUGUGCCUGCUUCGUUUCCUGAUGCGCCUGUUCUUCCUGGUAACAUGAUGAUGUAUCUGAAUUAUCCUUCUUCUGCUGGGUCCUAUACGGAUGCCUUGGCUGGAAAUUCUCAGCCACAGCAAAAUUGUGUUGAGCUCCCAUCUGUGGGAGCUUCUGAGUCAACCCCAUCACAGCAAGGAACUCUGUCGGACUUUGUUGGUUCUCAAUUUGGGGAGCAAACGUAUAGUGUAUGGAGGGAUGGGAAGAAUGAGAUGUCAUUCAUGCAGUCGGCGGGUGGUCCAACAAACAUGCAAUCUCUUGGUGCGCAAUUAAACAGUGGGGCAGAUGAUCUGGUUCGUAGCUCUGUUACUGAAGAUCCUCACAUGGGUAUGCGUACGCAGGUAGGCAUGAUACCUGGUGGACAGAACUUACAGGGACAGGGAUUGUCCCUCAGUCUCAGCACGCAGAUCCCAUCUGCCAUUCCAAUGCCUUCAUUCCAAUACCGGAAUCAUAACCCUGCCUUGUCUUCACUGUUGAGUUCCCAUCAGUCAAUAUCAGGAGAUGGCGGCAGCAGGACCAGCUCGUGUAGAGAUGACGAGAACUCUCAAAGCAAACAAUCAAGAAAUGCUGAAUACUUGCAACCCGGUAUUCCUGGAGGCAGUAGCAAUGUUAUCAAGGGUGAAGGAUUGAAUAACUUUCAAUGCUUAAUGGGCCCCAAACUGAUCAAUUCCGAUCCAUCUCCUUAUGGAAUGUCAGGCUUUGCAAGUGUCAUUCCCAACUCAAAAUACCUCAAAGCAGCGCAACAACUUCUUGAUGAAGUUGUUAAUGUCCGUAAGGCCUUGAAACAGGCGGAGGUUGACAAACAGCAAAGCUUAAAUCAAUUUGGUUUAAAAGGAUCCAAAGAGACUGAAGGUGAGUCAAAGGGUGGCGCUUCAUUACCUUCCACAACUGGGGUUCCUUCAAACCCUCAAGAGUCAUCUACUAGCUCCUCUGCAGACCUUUCACCUGCUGAAAGGCAGGAUUUGCAGAACAAAAUGACAAAGCUUUUGGCAAUGUUGGAUGAGGUUGACAGAAGAUACAGACAGUAUUAUCAUCAGAUGCAAAUCGUUGUAUCAUCUUUUGAUGUGAUUGCAGGGUCUGGGGCUGCUAAACCAUACACAGCUCUUGCCCUCCAAACAAUUUCUUGCCAUUUCCGCUGCUUGCAUGAUGCAAUCAAUGAUCAGAUUCGUGCAACCCGUAAAAGCCUUGGGGAACAAGAUACCUCAGCAAACAGCAAGGGGGUUGGAAUAACUCGCCUCCGCUACAUAGACCAACAUAUCAGACAACAGAGGGCUCUUCAGCAGCUUGGUAUGAUGCAACAACACGCUUGGAGGCCACAGAGGGGCCUGCCCGAGAGUUCUGUUUCUAUCCUUCGGGCAUGGCUGUUUGAGCAUUUCCUUCACCCGUACCCAAAGGAUUCAGAUAAAAUCAUGCUAGCUAGGCAAACAGGCUUGACCAGAAGUCAGGUCUCAAACUGGUUUAUUAAUGCCCGAGUACGACUCUGGAAGCCCAUGGUUGAGGAGAUGUACAAAGAAGAGAUUGGUGACACUGAGAUGGAUUCAAAUUCUUCAUCUGAAGCAUCCAAGGCAGUGAAGGAUGAUAAUAAGGCCCCUGAAGAUAGGGAGGAAGAGUUGCAGCCAAGUGUGAAGUCCAACACAGCCAAUGAGAAAGGUCGUCUUGAACAAAUCCAUGAUUCAAAAUCUGAUACUUCCCCAGAUGUAGAAAUGUCUUGGCCCACAGCAGGUGCUGCCCUCCAGGAUAGUGCUUGCAAGGGUGAUGGCACUGACUAUGGAAAAAUGAAAUUAGGGGGGAACCUAAGACCCAGUGUGGAUGAUUGUAAUAGCCUUUUCCAGGGAACACUUGUUCAAUCUGAUAGGAGUGGUGGUGGGAGAUUUAUGGAAGCUGCUGCUGCUGCUUAUCAGAUGACAGAGUUGGGAAGAUUUGGGAGUGGUAGUGGGGUAUCACUCACUUUAGGAUUGCAGCACUGUGAUGGUGGCCCACCCAUGUCUAGUGGAUCCCAUCACGAUUUUAUUACCAUGGGAACAAAUGAGAUGUACAAUGCAGCGGCUUCUUCUGUGGGGCACGAUGUGGCAGAUUACGAUUGCAUGGAUCCUGGGAAUCGACGGCAACAGUUUGGCUCUUCCCAUCUAUUGCAUGAUUUUGUUGCUUGAAGUUCACCUGGCACAGUUAUAUGCAGGUGAAAAUUGUAAUUUCUUUAGGAAGAAGGAGAAAGAACAAGAAAAGAAAGAGGAGAAUAAUAAUAGCUGGUACUAAGCUAUUCCUUCUGGUAUCAUCCAACAUGCUUGCAAUCUUUCUGAAGAACCAAAAAAACAGUGGUUACUAUAUGAAUAUUGAUAUGGAAAACAUAGUUGUAAUAUAACAAGAGAUUGAUGUGGAAGUAGCAUAUUUGUAAAGACAAGGUGCAUGACAUAAUUUUUGUGUAAUAUGUUUGAAGGACUUGUACAAUUAUUUUCAACUGGUAUUCUAGAGAAGAGAUCAUCUCAUCCAGUGUUGAGGUUGCAAAUGUAAGAAGGGUGGGUUGGCAA